ACUGAGUGCCGAGCUACAUGGACAAACCUCACUGUGUGGUUUCUGUGAUGUGCAGAAUGAGGACUCCGAUCUCGCCGUCAGGUCAUCAGCCAGCCCACGCCCAUCCAGAUCGAUCCAGCUGAAGACAUACUUGUCCUUUUCUGCUCAAGUUUGACCAUUCGAGGCCAGUAGCCUCCUGACUGACUAGUUAAGAUGCAGAAAACACAAGGGUAUUGCAGCUACUGCCGUGUGCAGUACCCUAACCUGGAACAGCACUUGCUUAGUGCCCAGCACAGAGACCUGACCAGACAGAGUCGGCGUCGGACGACUGCCGACGACAGUUUGAUGGAACGCUUCAUGCAGGAUGUGCUGGACCACCACCCAGACAACUACCAAGACAACAGCUCUGCACCAAAUGAGGCAGCAGCAGCAGCACCACCACCACCACCACCAGCAGCAGCAGCACCAGCAGCAGCUGAGCCACCGGAAGUGAUUGUUUUGGAUGAUUCAGAUGAAAAGGAGGACGACAGUGAAGAGAGCAGCGGAGAGAUGCUCUCCGAGGAUUCAGAAUCUGUGGAAGAGAUAGAGUGUAGGCCUGGCACUUCUCAGGAAUGUGCAGAGGUUCCAGUCCGACCAUCGGUUAUUCAAAGGCUGGAGCGGGGGCAGCAGCAGUCCUUGGAGUUGGCUCAUAGGAUUGAGAGUGGUGUGAAAACAGUUAAUGCAGUUGGGGGUGUUCAGGCUACAGCUAGAGGAGAAGAGUUAGUGCGUCCCCCAGUGAUUUGUAAUGCUCCUGCCAGCUCUUUGCUUAGAGGCUCUGUCGAGAGACCAGUUGUGGCUAACAGUGUUCCUCGGUUAGCACUGGCAGUGGCUUCAGAUUCCUUUGCAGCUUGUGACACAGAGAACCUUGACACAUACUUUGACCCCCCAGAUCAGGGCUCUAGCGAUUCACAGUCUCGACCCAAAGCAAAAGAUCCAAAAAAGAAACCUUUAAGUAUUAAUUUAGACAAAUUGCUUGCACAGAGAGAUCUCAGAGCUAAGGGUGCGUCUUUUUCCCCUGUUGUACGAGUGCGUGAGCUAACAGGUGCCGAGCUUUGUUCUCUAAGAGUUGAGUCGUCUUCUGAGUCAGGGGCAAGCGCAGCAAGAAACCGCAGUGAGACUGACACACCCUCAGAUGCAGCCCGUGAAGGUGCCAUUCCAAAGCGUCGUGAGGCAUCUCGUUCAAAUGUAGUUCAUCCCCAAGAAGAAGCAACUUUGGUUCUUAACAGGCCAUCACUUCUGAGACAAACGUGCUCGGUGAGUUCUGAAGUGCAGCUUGAUCGUGGCUCUCUUCAGCCAGUACCUGGUCAUUCCCAAGCUACCGUAAAUGACUUAAGUCAUUUGGAGGAAGAGGAAGAAGAGGAGGAGGAGGAGGUUGACCUAGAGUAUGAGAGCUAUGAGUCUGGAGGUUCUGACAUGAGUUUUGAUUGUGCGUCCUCUUGCCAGUCACCGAGUCCGCUGUCUGAACUGAGCCCUAUAGAAAUAAAUGAAUCAGAAGAAGUGCAGGCUGAUGUCCAGCCUAGCGAUGAAACACCUACUGUUUCCGGAGCAACUUCUGAUAAUGGCAGCAGUUCCCGUCAGGGGCAUACCAACCGUUCUCAAGUGAUUACACAGAACACACAGCUCAUCCGUUUGGUUGAUGAAAGCUACGAGUCUAGCGGCUCUGAGGUGAAUUUCGAUGGCGAGGACUCUCUUCCGUCCACCAGUCGCGGUCCCCCACUGCUGGCGGCAGCAAACCUUCCUACACAGAUGGCUGUCCGCUUGGUAGACAGCUAUGGAAGUGGCAGCUCUGAACCAUGGGAGGAUUCUGGGUCCUCAGCUGAUGAGAUUCCAGCAGCAGUGGGACAACAACAACCUCUGCAGGCCACCCAUGCACACCUGGUCGAUGAGAACUACGGGUCAAGUAGCUUCAGUUCUGAUAGUGAUGCGGCUCCCCAAAUGCCUGCUCAAGAAAGAAGCCCGAGAGGCAGAGAUCCCCAACAGCAAGAUGAACGCCAACCCAGCAGUGCUGGUGCACGUCCUGAGCGUGAUGAGCCCCAGAGAGAAGCAGAAGAACUCAGUGUUCCCAGCCAGAGUACCAGCCGUGGGGAUAUGAACUGUGAGUCUCAUGGUCCUGAAAUGGGUUUUCUUGCUGAUGCUCAAUUAGAGGCUGACCAAUCUCCAGUAAACCCUGAGGACAUAGAUGUUGACCUAGAGGAUCAGAGUGUUCACUCUGGCAUUUCUAAUCUAAGUUUUGAUUCCCAUGCUUCUUAUCAGUCAGCUAAUGAUGAACCUCAAGGGGCUUGGGAUGAAGUAAAUCUUGAUGAGUUAAAUGCUGACAUGGACGCUAAGAGCUAUGCCUACUCCAGUUCUGAGUUGACAUUUGAUUCCGAUUCCCCUCUUCUGUCAGCUACUGAGCAUUCUCUGCUGGAUGCUGAAGGACUGAACGAAGAUGACUUUGACCUGGACGAAGAGAGCUGUGUGUCAAGUAGCUCUGACAUAACUUUUGAUUCCGACAUUCCCGAUGACUCAGUAGCUGACCAACUUCGAGUAGCUGUUUAUGAGGAGGAACCUGUUGAUCUGGAAAAUAAGAGUUAUGAAUCUUGUGUUUCUGAAAUAACAUAUGAUUCUGAUAUUCCUCUUCAUUCAGGAAACGGUCACCCUGAAGUAAUCAUUCAGGAAGAAGAAAGCGCUCCCUUAGAAGGGAAGGAUGACAACCCCAGUGGUUCUGAGAUAUGUUUGGAUUCUAAUACUAAUUCUAAUACUAAAAAGACAAAUUCUCCUAAAGAAGAGCAGGUACACAUACAACAAAAGGAAAAUGAGCCUACUGAUUCUGAACUAAGUUUGAAUUGCGAUACUCCUAACUCAAAGCCUGGAUGUUCUGAAGAUCCCAUGACAGUUCGUGUUUCUGAAACAGGACUUGAUUCUCAUGCCCCCUUUCAGUCAGUCAUUCGCAAAGGUGAAGCAACUGUCGAAAAUGUAUGCCCUCAGCAAGAGACGCAUGCUCAGCUGCCAAGUCAAGGUGCAGAAUCUCAUUCUGAACUCAACUCCGCUUCUUCUGCUUCUCAUUCAGUGGCAGAACCUUAUGUAGGGAAGAAAGCCAAGAGAAAGACGAAGCAUCUGGAGGAAGUCAGGAGUGACGACGAGUACGGCGACUCUCAGCCAGCUGCUUGGAAAGGGGACCAUGUUGACUCAAGAGAUGAAAGGGCUGCGCCCAGAGGAACUGGAGGAAAUCUCGAUGCUACUGGUUGUCUUGAUUCAGCCAUCAGCCAGCCUCAGCUAGCUGUGAACGAAAACCAUGUUGAACCGGAAGACACAAACAGCAGACCUGGUGAUUCUGAAGCAGAUGCUGAUUCUGCCGGCCACUUUGACUCACUGUCUCAAGAGGACGACGUGAUGACAAAGAUGAACGAGUGGAAAGAAGAGGCAAAGGUUCUCGAAAAGAAGAUCAGUGAACUUAUCUAUUCAAAACUAAUACAUGAUUCCACUGCCUCUUUUCCUUCUGCAAUGGAUCAACUUGAACUAGCUCUUAAACAAAUAAAUCUUGAUAGUUCCGAUCAAAUGUCCUUGGAAAACAACAGCCAGGAUGCCAGUUCUGCAACAAACUUGGAUUCGGAUGUCUCCGUUCAGUCAAUAGCUGAACCACCGGAAACAGCUCUUUUGGAGCCUGAACACGCUGAACUUGAAGGUAGGAAUCACGGGUCUCGUGAUUCUGAAAUAAGCUGCGAUCCUAACUACUCUGUCCAGCCGGAGGCUGAUCAGCACAGUGACAGCCAUGAAAACAGAGGUCAGAUGGAGAAAGAUGACCUGGAAGGUGAGGGGGAUGAAAUGCAGGGUUUUGGAGUCACAAGUGCUUCCAGUGUUCCUCAGUCAUUGGCUGGCCAAACUGAAGUUGAAGUAGUUGAGGAGAUCAGCUGCUGGGGAGACUGCGGUGAUUUGGAAGAUAACACUGUUGAAUCUAGUGAUUCAAAAAUAAACUUCCAUCCUGACGAACCGCUCCAGUCUGUGCGCAAUACAGCUCAAGAGUCUGUUCAAGAAAUAAAUUUACUGAGGGGACAUGUUAGUCCACAUGAUAGUGACUGUGAGCCCUGCAUCUCUGCAGUAGUGCCCAUUUCAAAUGUCAUUUUUUGCUCAGUAAUUCAGAAGCCACGACAUUUGCCUGAAAUGAGCAUUGAUCCCUGUGAUGGUCCUGAAAUGGGUACUGAUCCCAGUGAUCCUUGUCAGUCAGUAGCAGGCUGUCUUCAAAAACCUGUCCAGGAAAUGAAUCUGAAGGAAGACCGUAUUUACCUGGAAGAUAAGAGCUACAAGCUCGUUGAUUUAGAACCAACUUACUACCCUGAUGAUCCUGUUCAGUGUGUGACAGCUCCAUCAGUGGACAGUGUGUCUGUCAGAGAAGUAGAUGUGCAAACAGAGAAUCAGAAUGAUGUAGAAAAUGAGGUCUUUCAGCCAUAUUGUUCUGAAGCAGUGUGCCGUUCCGGUUCUCAUCUGCAGUCCGACGUUGGCCCACCUCCAGUGUUUUGCAGAGAAGCAGACCCCGAGAGGAAUGAGCUUGUCACAGCGGGGUCCAGCGAGCCUUGCGAGCCUGCAGUGCUGUACGACUCUGACGUGUCUUUUCAGAUAGUAGUUAACCAGCCUCAAACGUCCGACGGAGAAGCAGAAUCCCCACAGGUGGUGCUGUUGAAUGUUGUGCCCAGUGACAGUGAUUGUGACCGGGAAGUCAUUUCUGAUUCAAAUAUUUCUCUUCAGCUAGAAACCAAUGAUACAAAUACAGAUUCUGCUGGGCCUGCAGCAAUGGGAAGGUCCUACUGUAGAUUCUGUCGUUGUGAUUAUGAAGCCUCUCAGUCAGCGACAAAUCAAUCCAAGGAAAGUUUCAGAAUAAUAAAUCGGAACAACGACUACAUUAUUCUGGGAGAUCCCACUUGUCCGUCUUGUGGUCAUGAACUCACUUUCACUGCUGAUUCCUCUGAUCAGCCCUCUACCAGCCAGUGCCACGUGUCUGACCGUGUCCGUGCUGCCCCAGAGGAGCAGAGCCCCCAGCCUCACUGCUCUAACAGAAGCUGCAGUCUGGAAGAUACGACUCGGCCAGUGAUUUGCCAGCCGCAGGAACCAGCCCAAGGCGCCAGUUUUUGGGAAGUUCCAAGAAAUGUUGCCUUUCGAGACAGGAGCUGGGCAUCAAGUAGUUUUGCAGCUCGGCAUGCCGCCCGUGCUGUGUCGGUGAUCCGCCCGACCACUGUGAAGCACAUCCCUUUGAAGAUACCAGAUGCAGAUCCAGAACCCGAGCGUCGUCGGGCUGAUGGACCUGAACCAGACCCUGACCAACCUCAGCCUGCUAAGAAAAGCCGCGACCUUAAGAAGGUAACUUUUGACAUGAGAGUAACCAAGUACGAAUAUCUACCAUAUCCUUGGUACCCAGAAGAGUAUGCGCAAGCGUAUGCAGAAGAGUAUGCACGAGAGUAUGCACAAGUGUAUGCAGAAGGGUAUGCACGAGAGUAUGCACAAGUGUAUGCACAAGGGUUUGCACAAGGGUAUGCACAAGAGUAUGCUGAGGGGUAUGCACAAAGGUAUGCACAAGCGUAUGCACAAGAGUAUGCACAAAGGUAUGCACAAGCAUAUGCACAAGAGUAUGCACAAGCGUAUGCACAAGCAUAUGCACGAGAGUUUGCACGAGAGUAUGCACAGGGGUAUGCAGGAGGGAAUGCACAGGAGUAUGCACAAGAGCCUGCACAGGGACAUGCAGAAGGGAAUGCACAGGUGCCUGCACAGGAACAUGCAGAAGGGAAUGCACAGGAUCCUGCACAGGAACAUGCAGAAGGGAAUGCACAGGAACAUGCAGAAGGGAAUGCACAGGAGUAUGCACAAGAACAUGCACAAGGGAAUGCAGAGGAGAAUGCACAAGAGCAUGCAGAGGAGCAUGCAGAGGAGCACGCAGAAGGGGAUCCUAAUGAACUGGUUCAUGAAGCCUCACCUCAGGUCCCUCCGCCAUUUGUUGAAGAAACUCAGUCUCAGGCGAGCGGAGAUGAGGUGGAAACACACACACAGGACUUUCACGGUCAUCUCUACGGUUACUACCACGGUUGCCCUGAGACCGAGAGGGGCGCCACAUCGGUUCACGCCGCAUUGGUGCACAGUGAAGGUGACGCUGGAGACGCCGAGGACAAACCGUCCUGUGCCCCCGCGGAGGGCCCCAGUGUGGCUUCUCAGAACCGGGUGGAAGGAGUCAGGCCUGGAACCCAAGCAAGUCCUGGGAAGAAAAGAAAGAUGGCCGGACAAGAGGGAGAGUUGCCAAGAAAGAAGCAUUUCUACUAUGACAGCCAGAAAAAGGAAAAAGCCCCGAGCGGGAGCAGCGAGUCGCCUGCAGCCCCGACGGCGCCCGUGCCGCCCGAUUCCUUGGUCUCCAUUUUCUCCUCUCUGUGUAUGACGGAAGGUCAGUCUUUGAGCCAACCUAAGGCGAAGCCUGGCAGCGACGGGGCCUCGCAAGCUGCUCCUAGCCAACCACCUACGACAACCGUGAUUAAUGCUCCGCAGAACCCGACGGGACCGGACGGUGACACAGCUGAGAAAGCUGGCGGGGACCCCGGUCAGAGCGGCGCCAGCGCCACCGCCAGCGCCAGCACCAGCACCAGCGCCAGCACCAGCAGGCCUAGCGUGCCUUCGGCAUCCAUCAUGGCAGCGCCCAAGAAGAGAACGAUUCAAAGGUUCCUCGAGGAUCAGUCUGCAUCUGCAGAAAAGCCGGCUGUGAGCGCUGCUGAAACUCCCAAUGCUAAUUCCCAGCAGUCUCGUUUGAAUCGUGACAGUGCCAAAAUGUUUCUCAAGUCAAUCAAAAAGGAGCUUUUGGACAGUAAAAAUCAAAAGAAAUUUUGGAAAAAGAAGAUGGCAGCUACACAUCUCAAAAUGUGCUUACUCAAAAAUGCUUACAAAACAGUGGUUCUCCGGAAAAAAUCAAAACUAGCUUCAGAAAAACUGGCUAUGUGGAUUCAGCUGAAAGCGAACGAUAUCCUUAGGAAGUACGGUAACAGAGGCCCUGGUGUGCGCAGGAACCGUCAGUCAAAGACUGUUCUUAUUCGAAAGCAGCUGAGGAAGAAGAAGAUGGUCGCCAGGAAGAUAAAGGAGGCCAAGAAAGCAGCCGAAGAAGCGCGCUCCCGGCUGAGCCUUUCCAUCAGCCCGGCCGUGCCUGAAGAGCCCCAGCCAAGCACCGCUGCAGGGCCCGCUGAGCUGCCUGCCAGUCUUCCCGAGGCUGCAGGAAGAAAGCGCUACCGGAAAAAGUACUACCGCAGAAAGAAGCUUCUUCCUGUGAGAGAGUAUGACCUGAGAAGCUCAAGUUCCGCCUCCAGCUCCGACAGGAUGGUGACGCGCCUUGCCAGCAAGUCGAAGCAGUGAGGCCAAGUGAAAGCGUAGCCGAGCGAGAUCAGACCUUCACUGGACGGAACACCUUUGGACUUCUGACCUUACACUAUUUUGCUACAGAUAUUAUUUUUCAGAGAUUUUAUAUUCAUUUAAAAUUAGUGUUUAGGGUCCUUUUUUUUUUCUUUUAAAGAUUCAAAAGCAAACUUUGUCCCGUUUCUGUAGAAGAACUUCACCUUAAUUUGUCUUUUAAUUUAGCACAGUGGAUAGAAUUUUUUUCUCUUAACUCAUGUCCAUAUUCAUCUCCUCUGAAAACCUUUCGUGCCAAAAAGUUACAACACUGCAAGAACGGACACAGCAAACUUAUCAGUGCCACCUUUAAACAAAUGGACAGACGUAGUCACCAUGCUUCCAAGUUGAAUCAUCACAAGUAUUCGGACUGGAUAAAUCAAACAAGUGACAUUGUGCUUUCUCAAUUUUUGAAUGUGAUUGACUUGAAUGACCACAAAAAUAUAUAUUUUUUCUUCUAAAGGCAUUCCAUGAAAUAACUAUUUCAUCCAGUUUUUAAGUGCCUGGUGAUUUUUAUAGACAACAGGAAUUCUUUCUCCUUCAUUUACAUUGGACUUGCAAGUCUGUAGCUUUCCUCAGUUACACACACACACACACACACACACACACACACACACACACACACACAGAGAGAGAGAGAGA